AUGGUCCAUUUCGCACUCCAACAGGCUCUGGAAGGCACGUCUGCAAAUAUAACACAGCAGUUGGAAUGUCUUCUACCAUUCGUCUCCUUGAGGAAAUUAAUGUCAGAUCUAGAUGGAGAGACGGUCCUUCGUGACAUAUCUGUGUAUAAGCAUAUGCCAUGGUCUCACCAACAGGCUCAAAUGCUGUUCAAAAUGAUUCAGCGGACCGUAAACAUCACAAGGGAGUCAAUACUAGAUUUAGGUCGCAUUGCUGGUGGCAUGAGCUGUGAAUGGCUGAAGCUUUGGGUAAAUGAGUCAGGCUUUUCUGAAUUGUUGCAAUUCAUCACUAAGUUGCCAGGAGGACUUAGACCUGGUUUGAAGAAAUGCAUUGUGGUGGAGCUACGGAAACGGCCUGAUAUUGAUCUAAAUGACUUGGACCCCUCAUUUGCUGCAAGAUUACCGCUGACCAUGUUGGAGAACCUGUCUAACUCUUCACUCAAUAGUGUACUGGACUAUGUUCGACAACACUUUAUUGACUUUCUCCAGCUUCCACGACACAAGCAAACGGCCCUAGCAGAGAAAGCUAUCGAUGUACUCGGCAUCUCUGAAAAUGGCCUCACCGAGGCCUCCAUGUAUAUGCUCGGUCCUUUUCUGCCCUUCCUGGACAGGGAUGUGUUAGCUCACAUAGAUCGAGAGGCUCUGAAACUGCAACUAGAGGAACUGAAACAAUAUUGCCUGCCCUCUGACACCUUCAGACAAAUAGCAGCUUUGCUCACAGAGAGAAGCAUGCUGGGAGAUCUGAAAACAUGGACGGUUGGGGAUGUUGAGCAUGUGGGUAGACUUUUGUUCACCCUUUCACCUCAGCAGAUAAGAUCUCUGCCACUGGGUGAUUUAGGCAAAGACACAGUUGAGCAGGUCCUGAUGAGCCAGUGGCUUUGGAAAAGCAGCGAAUUGGGAAAGGCUUGUUUGGAUCUGAAAGGACUACGAGAAAAGAUGAACGGUCUCACCCACAGGAUCGUUAAAGGUCGAUGGUGGAUGAGAAGGGGGCCCAUUCCAAGCUGUGCAGACAUUAAAGGGACAUUUCCAUCGGCCUGGAGGUCCUAUCAGCUGAAUCGAAUAAAGAGGAAGGAGCUGAAGAUGUGUGUUGAGUUCAUUGGUCAGGAUGACACACUUGAUGCCGAGCAACGUGAAGCACUUUGGAUGGAACUCAGACCAGUGUAUAAACCAGUGAAGCAGCUUGAACCAGAACAGGUGUUGGAACUGGGUUGUAUAGUGACUGAGAUGGGAGAAAGAGAGCUACAGGCUGUCAACUUAUCCAAUCUGGCUGUGGUGGCCCAUCUUGGGGACCUCAAUGGGUGGAACGCAAAGAAAAUGAGAGCAGUUGUCCUUGGUAUAAUGAAUCGACUUAAACAAAAGCCUGAAGAGCUUGGUGUGGUGGAGCUUGUUUCCUUUGGACAUCUGCUUUGUGGCUUCAGUUCCUCUGAAAUUUCCCAUCUAGACCCGUUCAACCUGAGUGUGGCUGCUUUGUUUCUGGGGGAGAUGGUACUGCCGUGUUCUGAGCAGCAGACCGAGGCGCUGACGUCAUGCCUAUCCAGUCCUCUGGGCUUUGGUCCAGUCAGCAGCUGGGGCUCUGAGGUCUUCACUGAGAUUGGGACUUUGGCAGCUGGGCUGGAGGAUAUGGUAUUGUCUGCACUAAUAAAAGAGCAAGUGGAAGGACUUACACCAGCAGCAAUAACCCUGAUAUCUCCAAGAAAAUUCGCUGUGGUAUUCAGUGCCACGCAGCUGUCUUGGCUGAGCUCUGAACAAGCGUAUGCCGUGACAGAGGAGCAGUGGGCAGAAUUAGACAAUGAACAAAGACAAGCACUUGUCAUGGCCCAGUAUGAAGGUGAAUUAAUGCUUGAGCACAGAGGCAGGAACCAGGCUCCAUCGUUAUGGUUUGCCGGCAGCUUCAGAAAAUGUUUAUUACUUUUUGUCUGUACAUUGUGGUUACUGUUAUAAAGAUUAUAA